AUGUUAAAAUUGGGUUCAUUGAUAAUCAUAAUCAUAAUCUCUCGCUCACCUAAAUCCGCCGUCGUAGAUCACAUUCUUUCUUUCUUUCUUUCUUUCUUUCUUUCUUUCUUUCUUUCUCUUUACUGCUGUUGUUUUCUUUUUCUUUCUUUCUUUUUUCUAUCCUUAUCUUGUGAGCUCUUUCUUUCUUUUAAAAUAUCUUUCUUUAUUUAUGUUCUUAUCUUUCUUUCUUUCUUUCUUUCUUUCUUUCUUUCUUUCUUUCCAUCCUUAUCUUCAAAACGCUUUCUUUCUCUUUACUGUUCUUUCUUUCUUAUUUAUAUUUUUAUCUUGAUUGCUCUUUCUUUAUUUCUUUUCUAUCCUUAUCUUCUCUUUCUUUUUUCCUUCUUUUUUCUUUCUUUCUUUCUUUUUUUUCUUUCUCUUUACUACUGUUCUAUUCUUUUUCUUUCUUUUUCUAUCCUUAUCUUAUAUUUCUUUCUUCCUUCCUUCCUUUCUUUCUUUCUUUUGACAGUUCUUUCUUUUUUCUUACUUUCUUUCCUUAUCUUGACAGAUCUUUCUUUUUUCUUUCUUUCUUUUUUCAUACUUUCUUCCUUUCUUUCUUCCGUCCUUUCUUCCUUCCUUUCUUUUGACACUCUUUCUUUUUUCUUUCUUUUCUUCUUUCUUGCUUUCUUUCUUUCCAUCCUUAUCUUUAAAAAUCUUUCUUUUUUCUUUCUUCUUUCUUUCUUUUGUCUUUCUUUCUCUUUAAACUUCUUUCUUUACUUUUCCAUCUUUUUUUCCUCUAUCUAUCUAUCUAUCUAUCUAUCUAUCUAUCUAUCUAUAUUAAUUUGUUCAUAUCUAUCUAUCUGGGUCCGUUUGUUUCUUUAUCUAUCUAUCUAUCUAUCUAUCUAUCUAUCUAUCUAUCUAUGUCAAUUUGUUUAUAAAUAUUUAUCUGGGUCUGUCUGUUUAUCUAUCUAUCUAUCUAUGUCAAUUUGGUCAUGUAUAUCUGAGUCCGUCUCUUUGUUUAUCUAUCUAUCUAUCUAUCUAUCUAUCUAUCUAUCUAUCUAUCUAUGGACUUAG